GCUGCACAUGGUGCAAUAUAUACUUUGCUUCCGUUAAAAUAGGAAAAAGAGUUGUUCGUUGCCACACCCAUGGUAGUUGCUCUCAAAGAGAUCGGAGCAUCUUAACAGCCAGAAAAGAUGCGUACACACCACCACCAGGGACAACAUAUGCUAUUUGAUUUGAUUAGUUGGACGGUUCAUCCCCACAUGCGAUUCUCCGUCCACACUGCCGUCGGUCUCCCACCAAAAUAAAGGGAGGCCGGAGAGCGAGAGCGCACACGACAAGGACCUGUAGCUUCCUGCGCCACCACGCAAAAGAAAACCCCACUAGGCAGUGCAUGCGGUGUCCAUUGUUCAUGGGCACAUCCUCCUGCCUCGGCGGCCUGAUCUGCUCCUGCUGCUGCUUCGACGACGACGACAAGCCUAACCAAGAGCAAGAGCCGGCAGCGAUGGCCGCCGCCGCCGCUACACCCAGCGCCGACGACGACCAGACAGCCAUCAUCACCCACCGCACCGUGGAGCUAAGCACCGGCGUGCGCCUGCACCUGGCGGAGGCCGGCCCAUCGGGCGCGCCCACGGUGCUGCUGCUGCACGGCUUCCCGGAGCUGUGGUACACCUGGCGCCACCAGAUGCGCGCGCUGGCGGCGGCCGGGUACCGCGCCGUGGCGCCGGACCUGCGCGGGUACGGCGACUCCGACGCGCCCGCAGUGGCCGACCCCGGGCAGUACACCGCGCUGCACGUUGUGGGGGACCUGGUGGCGCUCAUCGACGACGUCCUCGGCGAGAAGCAGGUGUUCGUCGCCGCGCACGACUGGGGCGCGCUCACCGCCUGGAGCCUCUGCCUGUUCCGCCCCGACAAGGUGCGCACGCUCGUCGCGCUCAGCGUCGCCUACACGCCCCGCAGCGCCGCGCGGAAGCCCGUCGACGGGCUCAGGGCGCUCUUCGGCGACGACUACUACAUCUGCCGGAUACAGGAGGCCGGAGAAAUUGAAGCAGAAUUUGCACGCCUUGGCACUGAGCUAGUGCUCAAGAAGUUCUUUAGUUAUCGCUACCCUGGACCGUUGUUCUUCCCAAAGAGUGGUUGGGGCUCACUAGAUGAUGAAGUACCUUUGCCGAGCUGGGUAACAGAGGAGGACCUCAAAUACUACACCAACAAGUUUGAGAAGACUGGCUUCACUGGGGGACUCAAUUACUAUCGUGCCCUAAAUAAGACAUGGGAGCUCACUUCACCAUGGACUUUAGCUAAGAUAAAUGUACCUGUCAAGUUCAUCAUUGGAGAUUUGGAUUUGACAUACCAUAGUCCUGGCAUACAAGAUUUCCUUCACAAGGGUGGCUUCAAGAAGUUCGUUCCACUUCUUGAUGAUGAUAUUGUCGUCAUGAAAGAUGUUGGGCACUUCAUCAACGAAGAAAAACCAAACGAAGUUAGUGAGCACAUAAUCAACUUCAUAAAGAAAUUUAGUUGACUGGAGUUCCUUAAAUACACCAUGUGGUUCUAUAAAUCACAUAAAUGGCAUGCAAUAAUUAAAAGUUUGGAAUCAUUAUUCAGUUUGUUGGGUUGAGGAUCUAACUGUAAUUCAUGUUCAAAGCUUGUCCAAUAUUGUUUUUCUCUCUGCCAUUGGAUCUGUGUAAUACAUUAAAUUUAUUUAAGAACCAUGGAAUGAAGUUUAAUGUUAUGAUAUGAGAAGUACUUUAACUUGCUUUA